GGAGGAAGUUCGUCAAAUGUUCGAUCAUGCAUACUCAAGCUAUUUAUUUCAUGCGUAUCCCUAUGAUGAGCUCAGACCCAUUAGCUGUGAUGGUGUUGAUACCUGGGGGAGUUAUUCCUUGUCACUGAUUGAUGCUCUUGACACAUUGGUUGUGAUGGGGAAUUACUCGGAGUUCAGACGAGUUGUCGAGAUCGUCACAAAUGAAAUUUAUUUUGAUGCUGAUAUCAAUGUUUCUGUUUUUGAAACAAACAUUCGAAUUCUUGGUGGUCUACUAAGUGCUCAUUUAUUCUCCAAAAGAGCCGGUUUGGCUUUAGAGGAAGAAUGGCCUUGUAAUGGUCCACUUCUAAGAUUAGCAGAGGAUGUGGCCAAGAGACUCCUACCAGCUUUUGAUACCGCGACAGGAAUGCCGUAUGGCACUGUCAAUUUACGCCACGGAGUUCCUCAUGGUGAAACAUCAAUCACAUGCACCGCUGGUGUUGGCACUUUCAUUCUUGAGUUCGGAACUCUCUCAAGACUGACUGGCAAUCCAAUUUAUGAAGAAACUGCAUUAAGAGCUUUACAUGCUCUUAGGAAUUUUCGCUCACCCAUCGGCCUUUAUGGGAAUCAUUUAGAUGUUACCAAUGGGCGAUGGACAGCUCAAGACUCCGGAAUCGGCGCAGGUGUAGACUCAUAUUUUGAAUAUCUUGUGAAAGGAGCAAUACUUCUUCAAAGGCCGGAGCUCAUGGAAAUGUUUCAUGAAACCAAGCCUGCCAUCGACUCCUACCUGAAAAAAGACGACUGGUAUCUCUGGGUAUCUAUGAUGAAAGGACAAGUUACAAUGCCAGUUUUCCAAUCUCUUGAGGCCUAUUGGCCUGGCGUUCUGAGUCUUAUAGGUAAUGUUUCCGAAGGCUUAAAAUCAAUUCAAAACUAUAAAUUGGUGUGGAAACACUUUGGAUUUACACCGGAGGUUUUUAACAUAUUGCAAAGUGAAAUCAGCACAGGGCGAGAAGGAUAUCCAUUGAGACCAGAACUAGCAGAAUCUGUUAUGUAUUUAUAUAAAGUGACAAAAGAUCCUGCUCUUCUUGACAUCGGCAUUGGAAUCCUGCGAAGUAUUCAACACAGUGCCACAACACCAUGUGGCUAUGCAACUAUCAAAGAUGCAAAAACACACACUCAAGAAGAUCGAAUGGAGUCGUUUUUCCUCUCGGAGCUAACUAAGUACCUUUACUUACUUUUCGAUCCUGAUAAUUUUAUUCACAACCCAGGAGGACACUCUUCAUUUGUGGAGAUAGAAAGUGGAAAGCAAUGCAUCAUUGGUGCUGGUGGAUACCUGUUCAAUACUGAAGCUCAUCCUUUAGACCCUGGUGCCUUGGAAUGCUGCAAAAGUUUUCACUCUUAUCAAAAUUUUAAAGAGAGCUCCAACCAGUCAGCAGUAUCUUGGACAAGUGGAAAUCAUAGGAGAAGCUUGGAUAUCAGUUUGGAGCAAACUAGCUCAUUUGGCGAAGAAAUUAGAAACGAAACGAAUGCAAGUGGUUUUAUCAGCGAAUCACAUCCUAACAAAGUCUUAUUAUCCAGUAAAGGCACGAACUGUGUAACCUCGGAAAAUAUCUCCAACUUGAGCAAUUCAGAUAUUCGUCAUAUGUACAAUGAUCUUAUCAAGAAUGAAAGUGUCAUCAUUGACCAUUACCUCAAUAAUAUAUUCAAUUCCUUAACAUUCAGUCACAAAGGAAUUACAAUGAAUGAUACUUCUCUCUCUGAUCUCAUUGAUGUAACUUUCAACCGGUCGUGUAGUUUAGAAAGAGAGCUCUCUGAUCUUAGAAAUUUAUUGCAAAUUUUCUCAGUACUAAAGGCAGAGAAAGAUAUGUAUUUAACCGACUUCUGUGAUAGCAUUUUUGAUGUAACUUUUACAUGGACUCAUGAAGCAUUUCACAUAUCAUCAGACGAUCUGAUUCCAUCAUUCUUUGAGUCUGUUGAUCUUAGUGAUAAGAAAUGGAGCCGUUCUUCACCAGGUAUCACGGUAGACAAUGAAGACAAAAUCUCUCCAGUGGCUGAUACUUAUAGAAUAAAUCUGGUACAGAAUUCUGAUCUCAAAGAUAAUGCGUUAACAUUAAACGAACAAUUGAAGAGAAAUUCUAGUCUCUAUCCUGCCACCAACCUAACGUUCAACCAUGAACAUCUAUUGUGUUCAGCUCAAUCUUUUAAAUCGAGGCUCAUGUUAUCGGGCGAAUUUUUUAGCACAUUUACUGUCUGAAAAUGCAGUCAGCACCCCAAUUGAAAACUGUCCUCAAAAAAUUGUUGAGUUACACAAAAACGAAUGAAUUUAGCCCUCUGUGAAAAGUCUCUAAACGCUAAAGUAAAUCCUCCUCCCCCUGUCAAUAGAACCUAACCCUUACAACACAGAGGGGUUAGUACCUUAACUUUGAGCUUGCAUUUUAUUUCCCCUGAACUGUUCCUUGAUAUGUAAUACGAUGUUAUGAGGAUAAAACGUAAAUUACAGAGAAAGAUUUAUCCUCAUGAUCAUGGAAGCACUGUUCCUCAAUUUUUAUUUUUAAAUUUCAAGCAAUCGCCCCUCAAAUUAGUUAUUUUUUUAUUUUUAACAUUCUCUACAAAAACAAACAAAAUUUAGAAGAAAGAAAUUCACUAGAAAUUAAUAAUGCAAUUGAUACAGCUAAUAGGUUAAGCAUAAAACAAUAUUACUGUCGAAAAGAAAGCAACUAAAAUUAGUACCUGUAAAACGCAAGAAGAUUGUAAAAUAAUAAAGAAAAAGCCCAGACAAUGGAGGAAAACCUGGAUUGACAGCACUGCAGUAUUUCAACGGGGAUGGAUGGGGGGUUGAUAGUCUUGUAUCAAAAGGACUUCCCGGACAUAGGCCACGAUCUCAGACCAGCCCUUCCUGGACCGAAGCAUGGUCUCAACAUAUUAUCAGGGGUCACUACACCAACUUUCUUAAACAAUAAGGCACAUCGCAAAUGGUAAAAUUUACCACAUCCGAAGAAAGUAUGCUCUACAGAGUCCUCCUCUGUACAGAAAGGACAGGUACUAUUAGCAGCGAUCUCACGUCUUGUAAAGACCAUGCCCAGACAGAAAUUGGCACAGGUGAAAGUCCACCUCGCCGAAACAUUCUCAACAGCCAGGGUUUGAGCUCCUGGAUGAAUUUAAAUUAGUUAGUGUCUGUGUUGUGAGUCCUCAAAAUUACAAUUUUAAGCCUAAACCCAUACAUUAUUGGUACUGAAGAUAAAAUAAAGGGAGUACCAAAUCUACCAUUUUUGUCUAGAGCACAAAUUAUGUAUCACAUUUAAUGGAUAUGAAAGCUAGCGAGACAUUGAGAGAUUGAUUACAGUAUGUGAUUGAUAAUAUUGAAGUAAUCGAAAGUGGGGUCCAUAAUAGCCCAAAUCCGAAUAGAGCUUUUUUAGAUUUCUAGCUAUGAGUUUGGAGAGAUCUAUUGGAAAUAAAGAUGAGACGUUUAUAUGUAGAUAUGUAGUAUGUGAUAGAUAAUAUUGAAGUAAUCGAGACGAGAGUGCGAUCCAUAAUAGCCCGAAUCCAAAUAAUGCUUUCACAGAUUUCCAGCUAAGAAUUUGGAGAGAUCUAUUGGAAAUAAGGACGAGAUGUUCAUAUACUCCGAUCACUUAGAAUCAACUGCUUCUACAGAUUUGGAUGAAAAACGCAGCUAAUACUUUUUCGGUAUUGAACAAUUCGUCUCCAUGUAAUUUUAAGAGGAAAAAUAAGUCUGUCUUUUUCUAUUAUGUAUUUUCCAGCCAGUGUGGCAACAUAUUUUUUUCGCUAUACAGCAUUUUUUUGUCCUGUGAACUCAAAAAAUGUUUGUCGUCCAUCCACCCAGAGUUCGUAAAUGAUAAAACAUCACUAGUUCAGUGUUGCAAUAAAAAAUGUUUCCAAGACCAAUCUACACAGGCCAUUCAUUGCACAUCUUUUUGAAAUCCACUCCCCCGCCCGGCCAUAACUCGGCGGCACCCAAUGCUACGUCAGAUUGGGUGCUCCCACAAGAAUUAUAUUGCUGGCAUUCAAUACUACGUCACUGCGCAGUAGAGUUCCAAAACUCGUCCUCGGGAAUGACUGACCUGUGUAGAUUGGUCUUGAGUGUAUCCCAGAAA